AUGGGUGUCCAUAAAAAAUGUAGCUCCUUCCUUAACCUCUCCUGCCACCCACAAUGGCAGCCAGAGCUCUCAGAAAAACCUAGAAGACAGAGAGAGGGACAGACGCACAGGGUGGUGGACAAUUCACCAGAAGCUGGUCCCUCCGGUGCUGUGGGGUGCCCAGUGCUGCUUUCUCACAGUGGGUGGCACAGCCGGCUGUGGCUUCUCCUGUUGAUGGCAGCCUAUUUUCCUUGUGAAGCCUGGGGCUCCACCUUCAAGUUGGCCAUUGUGGGGCCCUGGAAGUGUGACCCUCUGUUCUCCAAAGCCCUGCCCGACCUGGCAGCCCGGCUGGCCAUCAGCCGCAUCAACAAGGACCCGUACAUCAGCAAGGGCUACUGGUAUGACUACACGCUGGUCAACGAGGACUGCCAGACCUCACGAGCCUUGGCCCGCUUUGCUGACCUGGAGGGCUACGGGUCGGCUUUCCUGGGCCCGGCCAAUCCGGGGUACUGCUCGUCAGCGGCUCUGCUGGCGAAACACUGGAACAAGGCCAUCCUGUCGUGGUCCUGCCUGAAGCCGGACAUGGACGACGACACGUACCCCAGCUUCCUGCGGCCCCUGCCACUGUCCUCACACGUGCUUUUCGCCGUGCUGAAGUUCUUCCGCUGGGCGCACGUGGCCAUCGUCACCUCGGAGGAGGAGCUGUGGGAGGCCACGGGGCACGAGCUGGCCUCCUCGUUGCGUGCCCUCGGCCUGCCCGUCAGAACCGUGGUCACCAUGGAGACGGACGGGGACGGCACACGCAGGGCCCUGCAGCGGAUCAAAGAGGCGGACCGAGUGAAAGUGGUCGUCAUGUGCAUGCACUCCGUGCUGACUGGGGGAGAGGCCCAACACAAGCUUCUGACCACGGCCCUUGACAUGCGCAUGGUGGACCGAGGCUACAUCUUCAUUCCGUAUGACACGCUGCUGUACUCCCUGCCCUACAAGAACACAGAGUACGCCGCCUUAGCUAACAGCUCAAGGCUACGCCGGGCCUACGACGCGGUGUUAACAGUCACCAUGGACUCCGGGGAGCAGGACUUCUAUGAGGCCUUCAGGGAAGCCCAGAGGAGCAAUGAGAUCCGCACCAACAUCCCACCAGAGCAGGUGUCGCCAUUCUUCGGCACCAUCUACAACAUGAUGUACUACCUGGCCAUGUCAGUGGAGCAGAGCCGUCUGUCCGCAGGCCGCUGGGUCUCGGGCGAGGUGCUGGCCCAGAGCGAGGGGGGCUUCGAGUUCCGCGGGUUCAACCAGCCGCUCUUAGCUGGGAAGAACCGGGAAGGCAUGCAGGGGCGCUACGUCGUCCUGGACACAGACGGGAAGGGGGCGUCACUGACGUCCACGCACGUCCUGGAGGCCGCCCACACUCACACCAAAUUUGGGGGUUUGAAGUACAUGGGCCGUUCCAUACACUUUGCCGCCUUCAGCCCCAGCAGUGACCCCAGCUGUUGGUUCAGCCCGUACAUCGCUUGCAGAGGGGGCAUGGAUGGGGUCACCCUCCUCAUUGUGUUCAUCAUGAUCUGUUUUGUGGGGGCAAAUGCUGUUAUUCUUGUCACCUUCCUCAGCAACAAAAUGAAGGCAAGGAGUGGAUUUGGAGACGAGGAAGAAGAAGGAGGAGGAGGCGGAAGCAAUAAAAUUGUGUUGACUCUGGAUGACCUGGUCUUCAUCAACACACAACUCAGCAGAAGGAAACUGAACGAGGACAGCAUUGUGAGGAGCACGCUGGAUGUGAAGACUCCCCAGCAUUCAGUGUCAGGAAACAGUUAUGCUGGCAGCAACCCUGAAAACUCUAACGUUGCCAUCUUCAAGGGUGACUGGGUGUGGUUGAAGAAAUGCCCAAAAGGAGAAACAAUUCUGGAGGUCACGGAGGACACCCAGGCUGUCUUCACCAAGCUCCGGGACAUGCGUCACGAGAAUGUAAACCUGUUCCUGGGGCUUUUCUUCGACUCUGGGGUCUUCGCCUUGGUGACGGAGCACUGCACCCGUGGCAGCCUGGAGGACCUCAUCAACAACAUGGACAUGCGUCUGGACUGGAUGUUCAAGUCCUCCCUGCUGAUGGACCUCAUCAGGGGAAUGAAGUUCCUCCACAACCGCAACAUCAUCCACGGCCGCCUCAAAUCCCGAAACUGCGUGGUAGAUGGCCGUUUCGUGCUAAAAGUGACAGAGUACGGCUUCAAUGAGAUCCUGAACUCCCAAAACAUCACACUGGAGGAGAGAGGGCCAGAGGACCUGUUUUGGACAGCCCCUGAGUUCCUGAGGGACCCCGAUCUGGGGAGGAAGGGAAGCUUCCUGGGAGACGUCUACAGCUUCUCCAUCAUCGUGCAGGAGGUCAUAUGCCGAAGCACACCCUUCUGCAUGUUGGACAUGCCAGCCAAGGAGAUCAUCGAAAGGGUGCGGUCACCCCCACCACUGUGCCGACCCAAUGUAUCAGUGGAUGAGGCUCCCGCAGAGUGCAUCCAGAUCAUGAAGCAAUGCUGGAGCGAGGAACCAAAAAGGAGACCCAAUUUCGAAGAAAUCUUCAGACAGUUCAAAAGUUUCAAUAAAGGAAGGAAGACGAACAUCAUCGACUCCAUGCUCCGGAUGUUGGAGCAGUAUUCCUCUAACCUGGAGGAUCUGAUCCGAGAGAGGACAGAGGAGCUGGAGGUGGAGAGGCAGAAAACGGACAACCUGCUGGCACAGAUGCUGCCCAAGUCAGUGGCUCAGGCACUGAAGACGGGAAAGCCAGUUCAGCCAGAGCACUUUUCCGGGGUGACCCUCUACUUCAGUGACAUUGUCGGCUUCACCACCAUCUCUGCCCUCAGUGAACCCAUCGAGGUGGUGGACCUGCUCAAUGACCUCUACACACUCUUUGACGCCAUCAUUGGGCAGCAUGAUGUCUACAAGGUUGAGACCAUUGGAGAUGCCUACAUGGUGGCCUCAGGGGUGCCCAAUCGCAAUGGGAAUCGGCAUGCAGCGGAGGUGUCCAACAUGUCCCUGGACAUCCUGCAUUGCAUCGGGGCCUUUCAGAUGAGACACAUGCCUGACCUCAAGGUCAAGAUCCGGAUCGGUCUGCACUCCGGUCCUGUUGUGGCGGGUGUGGUAGGCCUGACAAUGCCUCGGUACUGUCUCUUUGGAGACACUGUCAACACAGCUUCCCGAAUGGAGUCCACAGGACUGUCUUACAGGAUCCAUGUCAACCAGAGCACAGUGGACAUACUGCACAGCUUGAACAUGGGCUACAAGCUGGACGUCAGGGGCAUUACAGAGCUAAAGGGGAAAGGAAGUGAAAACACCUACUGGUUGGUGGGGAGAGAUGGGUUCACUAAACCACUUCCAAUACCACCAGACCUUACACCAGGGGCAAGCAAUCAUGGUAUCAGUCUGGAUGAGAUUCCCGUAGAUCGCAGACAGAAAUUCAUCGAUCGACAGAAGAAGAUGAAAUAA